UGCGGGGUGGCAGGAGCAGGAACAGGCGGAGGGUCCUCCGGGAAAGAAAUCUGGCCAAGGAACUCGCUGUUCGCCGCGCAGCUCCCGGUGACCACUACCAUCCCUAAGGGACCUCCCGAGCCAGGGCUCUGCUCGGAAAACACCCUGGCCCAACUUGGUCCUCUGCGCUCUCGAGGAUUACCGCAUCUUUCUUCCUAGUGCAGAGAAGUGAGAUUGGAAAGGGAAGGAGGGGGCGAGUACAACACCCGCCCCCCACCAACCCAGUAAAUAAAUAAAUAAACUGGCAUCUCGCCGCAGCUGGUUAAGUCCAGGUUGGGUCGGACCUGAACCCCUAAAAGCGGAACCGCCUCCCGCCCUCGCGCCAACCGUCCGCCCGGAGCUGAGUCGCCGGCGGCGGUGGCGGCGGACGGACCUGGGAGUUUCCUGUCGCCCUGGAUGGAGCUGAACUUUGGGCGGCCAGAACAGCGCGGCAGUCCGGGGAUCACUGCAUGCUGAGCUCCCUUGGCGAGACCGAGCGGCAGGCCGGGAUUUUCGGGGGGGCGGGGACCAGCUGCGCGCCGGCACCAUGUUCCUGGCGACCCUGUACUUCGUACUGCCGCUUCUGGACGUUCUCCUGUCGGCCGAGGUGAGCGGCGGGGACCGCCUGGACUGCGUGAAAGCCAGCGAUCAGUGCCUGAAGGAGCAGAGCUGCAGCACCAAGUACCGCACGCUCCGGCAGUGCGUGGCGGGCAAGGAGACCAACUUCAGCUUGACCUCGGGCCUCGAGGCCAAGGACGAGUGCCGCAGCGCCAUGGAGGCCCUGAAACAGAAGUCCCUUUACAACUGCCGCUGCAAGCGGGGCAUGAAGAAGGAGAAGAACUGUCUGCGCAUCUACUGGAGCAUGUAUCAGAGCCUGCAGGGAAAUGAUCUGCUUGAAGACUCCCCGUAUGAGCCAGUAAACAGCAGAUUGUCUGAUAUAUUCCGGGUGGUCCCAUUCAUACCAGAUGUUUUCCAGCAAGUGGAGCACAUCUCGAAAGGGAACAACUGCCUGGACGCUGCCAAGGCCUGCAACCUGGACGACACCUGCAAGAAGUACAGGUCGGCCUACAUCACCCCGUGCACCACCAGCAUGUCCAAUGACGUCUGCAACCGGCGCAAGUGCCACAAGGCCCUCCGGCAGUUCUUCGACAAGGUCCCGGCCAAGCACAGCUAUGGGAUGCUCUUCUGCUCCUGCCGAGACAUCGCCUGCACCGAGCGGAGGCGGCAGACCAUCGUGCCCGUGUGCUCCUACGAGGAGAGGGAGAAACCCAACUGCUUGAGCUUGCAGGAGUCCUGCAAGACCAAUUACAUCUGCAGAUCUCGCCUGGCCGAUUUUUUCACCAACUGCCAGCCGGAGUCAAGGUCCGUCAGCAGCUGUCUAAAGGAAAAUUACGCUGACUGCCUCCUCGCCUACUCGGGGCUUAUUGGUACAGUCAUGACCCCAAACUACAUUGACUCCAGUAGCCUCAGCGUGGCCCCCUGGUGUGACUGCAACAACAGCGGAAACGACCUGGAGGAAUGCUUGAAAUUUCUGAAUUUCUUCAAGGACAACACAUGUCUUAAAAAUGCAAUUCAAGCCUUUGGCAAUGGCUCAGAUGUGACUGUGUGGCAGCCAGCCCUCCCAGUUCAAACCACCACUGCCACCACCACCACAGCCUUCCGGGUCAAGAACAAGCCCCUGGGGCCAGCAGGCUCUGAGAAUGAAAUCCCCACUCAUGUUUUACCACCUUGUGCAAACUUACAGGCACAGAAGCUGAAAUCCAACAUAUCAGGCAGUACCCACCUCUGUCUUUCUGAUCGUGACUAUGAAAAGGAUGGUCUCGCUGGGGCUUCCAGCCACAUAACCACAAAAUCAAUGGCUGCUCCUCCAAGCUGCGGUCUGAGCCCACUGCUGGCCCUGGUGGUAACUGCCCUGUCCACCCUAUUGUCUUUAUCCUUGGCCGAAGCAUCGUAGCUGCAUUUACAGAACCACAUGGACAUGUGAAAAGACAAAAACCGAGUUAUCUGUUUCCUGUCCUCUUGUAUAUCCGAAAUUCCAGUUUUAGGAGCUCAGUGGAGACACUGCUAAAACAGUUUCAUCCAACUGGAACUUUUUUCUUUCUUUCUUUCUUUCUUUUUUUUUUUUUUUCCUAAGAAAGCUUCUUGUGAUCCUUAAGGCUUUUGUGGGAUCCCCCGAUUCAGUGCUACAUUCCACACUCAGAAGGCUUUGGGGCAUGCUGGAUUGUGAAGAGAUGGUUUGUUGUUGAUGUUGUUGUUAUUGUCCGCUGUAAAGCGGACUGGAGCCUUGGCUUUCAAGAUCCUGAUAAGGAUGAUGAUUUUUAACAGUUUCACUCUGGUCUUGACUAGCUAGAGAAGGAGUCGGUAUUCCUAAAGAAUCUUCUAUAUCUCAUGGAAUAGGUUUGCUUUCUGAUGGCAUGACCCUACCACGGCAGUGGUACAUGGAAGCCAAACUUUUUUUGGCACAAAGCGAAGAUUCUCAUCAUGACAAUCUUGAUGGACUUUGUGCAAACAAGUUUGUACCAGUGUUCUUUCUAUAUGUACUAGCGUUUUCCACGCUAAUGUUUAUGUACAGUAAACAGCUCUGCACUCUCUUACGAAAACAAAAAAAAACACCUGCCACGUUCAUUGUGUCUAUCUCCUAGUCAAAAUAGAGAAUGAGAGUGGUGUGAGACUUCACAGAACCUUGAGCAUUGAGACAGUCUCCAAAGCCUUACUUGAGUGAGAAGCCCUUACAUUAACGAGUCAAAUAUAGCUGAAGCAUCAUUCUAAUAAUCUUUACAUGUAUGAGGUUAUAUGUAGAAAAAAAUUUUACUACUAAAUGAUUUCAACUAUUGACUUUCUAUAUUUUGAAAGUAAUGAUAUUGUCUUCAUUUUUUUUUUUACCGGUGGUUUAAUACAAAAUACAUGGAGCUUGUUUUCCUCUCAUAAGUAGCAUUAGCUUCGAUGUUGACUUCUCGAAGACAGGUCUUCAACAGCAGACUCUGAGGAGCCUCAUGCUUUAGCAGAAAGCUCUGCAUCAUGUUACUAUGGACAGGCAGCAGGAAAUAGAGAGGCCAGGCAUUGUCUUUUAUCAUUUCUGGAAACACAAGCGUGCAUACCUGUGGGGAAACUGGUGGCUACUCAUCAAUGUUCUACAAACUCUACAAAUGGCACCGUUGCCAGUUGACACGAACCAGGACCUUGGUUUUCACGUUACCUGACAGUGGCAGCUUUGACUGGGACAGGAGACAGGACGUGCUGCCCUGUCUUCUGAAGCAGAUCCGUGCCCAGGGUACACAGCUCUUUCCCUAAGGAUUGUCUUGACUUUCAGCUGUGAUGGCUUGGCCGCUCCAUGGAUUGGUUUGGUCUGAAGUCAUCAGAUAUCUGCUCGCACUGUGCUCUGUGUCCUCCGUGAAAGACUGUGACUGACUCUGCGAAAAAGAAAAAAAGUUUGGGGGAUCAAGAGAGUCACAGUCACCAUUAGGUCCAUGGAGAUAAGUUGGCCCAGAGACACAGAACAGGGACUCUGGAUAUAAGGCAUCUGACUUGUUAACUGCACGUCUCUUCCAUCAUUCUCUUCCUUCAGUGAAUAGCCCCGAAAGUGCACUUCUGAAGUCUGGUUGAAAUGGUGAGAUUUGAAAUCUACAAGGAUUGAGUGCUAGUAGCCAUGUUUCUUUGCAACUGAACAGAGGCGAGGAAAUUCCACCCAAUAGAGUGUCCGAAAAGUCGGCUUUCUUCCGACAUCAGUGGAGUGGAUGGAGGAGGAAACCCACAGUGCCCAUUUCAUCCUGAUUCCCUUUGCCCACAGAUGUUUGCCUUGUAAGAAUUAAUCCAGUUACUAGGGCGGGAAAUCUGUUAAACCCAAGAUGAAGGCAUAGUCUUUUAGCUCUGUUGGUGUUUGAAGUACAUUUAUAUCCAAAUGUUAAUAAACAUAAAUGUAUAAUACUAAGUACCGAGUUUUUUCACUUCAAAAUGUUUUCAAGGGAAAGUCAUCAAACAAAUUCGAUUAGUGAAAGGUUUCAUAAAGACUCGUACUUUGAAUAAACACAUUAAAUGUGUUGAAAUACUUGGAAUUCCAGUCAUCUGUGAAAACAUAUCUCUUCAGAGCAUAUUUUGUUUUAAUUAAGGUAUCUGUGUAUCUACAUUGGACUAAUUGCAUAGAGGUCUGAUUCUAUGUAAUCUACUGUAGAAAGCUAUUGAUUACUUCUGUAAUAAACAGCAUCUCUAAUUAGCUUCAGAUGACCAAAGAGGAAAUGGAAGUUACCAGAGCUAACAAGGGUAGCCUUCAGUGAAGAAUGCGUGGAUGUGCAACACAUAAAUUAAAUUGUAAACAGCCUCAUCUUUCACCAACAUAGAUCGCAUUUUUCUUCAGAGAUAGAAGCACAUGAGAGUUACCAAAUCGUCAGCCUGAAAAUAAAUUACCGAUAAACAGGGGGAAGGAUGUUCCAUGACAACUCAUUAGAGAGAGUCUCAAAAACCCAUGCCAGGACUUUCCUGGUGGUCCAGUGGUUAGGACUCUACAUUUCCUUUGCAUGGAGUGUGGGUUUGAUCCCUGAUCGGGGGACUAAGAUCCCACCUGCUUCUCAUUGUGGCCAAAACAAGAAAAAUCAUGCCAAGCAAGUGUUUAUGCCAUUUGGGGUGAUCUCAGUUUAACCUGGUGACCCAGAAACUCGAUCGUUUGCCCCAGUACUGGAGCAGGCCAAACCUUUUAUCUUCUCUGGCUUCCUUUGGUAGCACUAAAAGCAAAAAAUGAUUCACUACUUCCUGUCCUUCACUGCCCUGCAUUGAAGGUGCCACCAAAAUCCAAGGACCGUUUGCUGAGGUUUGGGCCUGUUGCAGAAAGCAUCUCGUAGUUGAUUUUGGCAAAACAUAAAAUAGUAACGUAAAUGCAUGGAGACCAAUGGCCCCCAAAUCAAGUCUAGCCAUGUCCCACUCCUUUCAGAUAAGGGGGGAAAAGCAAGAUUGUGAAACCGAUUAGAAGCACAUAGAGUCCACUUGAGAUAUUGAGUAUCUUUGACCAAGAGGUGCUGGAGUAAGUGUUGGGGGUGUUGGAGCAUUUAAAAUAGAGCACAUAAAGGAAGAAGGGCACAAUAAAGAGAGGAAAUUCAGAAUGCCACCCAAAUGUUUAUUUUUCCAUAUUUGAUUUUUUCCAAGGCUCUAGUAGAAGAAGUGUAAGUUGAGAAUGACAUAGAUUAUUUUUCAUUAAGUAUAGCAAACUGUAUCCAAAGUGUGAUAGGAGUGUUGUUUCCAUGUAGAAAAAAAAAUUUUUUUUUAAUAAUUCUUAAUCCUGUAGUAAGAAAUGUUUUAGACGCUGUGUCUUCGAGCUCAUCAAAUAUAGGCCACGGCUCCUCCAGAGCUGCUGUGGCCUUUGAUCUGGUCUAUAUUAAGAUUGUUCCUAUCCUGCACAUGCUCCAAGGAUGGGUUAUCUCCAGCUGUAUCCCCAUCCCCCACCUGCCCUUUGUAGUCUAAAUCAGACACUCCCAAACACUCCAUCUGCUGAGCUGGGGAAGUGGAGGAGCGGAAGCAUUUCUGAAUCAGUGUUAAGUGCUUGGGAAAAGAGAUGUAAGAGCAGUGGGAGUUUAUAUAAUUAGCAAAUUCUUUUCUUAGAAUCCAGCUAACAUGUAUUUCUGUUGUUAUUAUUUACAAAAUAGUGGCCUCCAAGGAGCUGUCUUUUGGAAAAUAAGUUUUCAUUCAUGUAGUCAGGCAUGCACGACUUAUUUAAGUCAAUAAACUGCAGGGCCAGAAAAUGCCUGUUUAAAUGAACGUACAGUUUCUCAUUCUCUUUCAAACUGUCCGUGAUCUCUUGGAUUCAUACACCCCUGAUCUUUGUUGCUCCUGCUCUUUGAUUAAACAAAUGAGACCAUGUCAGACCCGCCGUUUCAAGAACGACCCCAAAGCAAUGACAACACACAAGAGUGAGUUAUCAACGGCCUGAACGUGAUGUUGGCCAAAGGGCCUGUCUGCCCUGAGCCUGGAGGGUUUGAAGAGAUGGAGCAAAGAUCAAGGUGGUGCUGCUAUGGCUGAAUGGAGCAUGCCAUCUGAUCCCAAUAGGAAACUUGUCCCAACCAAACAGCCAGAGUUCCCUGAAUUAGAUACAGUGCCUUUGCAGAAAGCAAGCCAGAGCUAGUAUCUCGAGGACAGAGGAAGAAAUUCCUUUUUAGAAAUUCUGAAACAACAAAACAGCUGGGAAUUUCAUUAGACACCCUUACAAGCCAUGUAAGCUCUCCUCCCUAAGAUAAGCAUCUUGUGUGUUUAUCUGAUACUUCUUGACUUUGACACAGCUUUUAUUCUCAAGUGACCAUUUGUUUGAAGUCUGUUGUCUAGGAUUUUCAAGACGACUAUACCUCUAAACUUCAUUCUCAUUGCAGAGGCCUUAAAUCUGUGCAUUUGGCCACUGCCUCCAUCCUGGGAUGUAUUCAGUGAGACACCUCAUUGCCCAAGGGUCAUUAAUUUAAGAUACCAGCUGAUUCCCUUUUCUUGCAUACUGAUUACUGAUAACCCCAGUCCCCACCCUUGUUACUUAUUGCCCAAGUAAUUAACAGAGUCCCUUCCUAUCAGUUCUUCAUUGUAAUCAUUCUAAAUUUAGUCCUACCCAAAUUAAUUCCUGUUCAGUCAGAUGCUGGUUCCACACGUAACCCUGGCUUUUUGAAGCCGGAGAAGUCUCUCUGAGGAGCCAGGCGAUUUGAAGAUGAUGCUAAUCCCGGAGUAGAAAGUUCAUCCAGCCAGCCCUCUCCCGGAGCUCCCUCUUCUGAACUCUGGGAUUGUCUUGUCAGCUGCAUCCCUUUGUGGCUCCCAGAGCUCUUUGUCGAGCUUCUCCUCCCUCCCGGAGAUAGCCCGGCUCGUUCAGCGGGCUGCACCACCUGCACUUCUGAUUGCUCUGAGACCCAGCCUGGAGGGGUGGGGAAGGCACGCAAGCCCUGUUUCAAUAAACUGCCUGCAGAGAACGCAGCCUGCUCACAGCCAUGGCGCUCCCAGCCCCCUGAGGACUCCAGGCUCAUUUGACCAGCACAGCUGCGACUUCGGCGAUCUGCUGCUGCCAGGUGCCCGUUUCAGCAUCUUGUCCCACUGCCACGGGGAGUUUAUUUUUGCUCAAGGGCAGCUGCCAAACCCAGCACCAGCAUCAAUAGAAGGUUUUCUCCGAUUUUUUUCUCUUCAUCCCAGGCCCAGCUUUCGUACCCAUCCCCGUUUUUCAUUUUGCAGAAAAUGCCAAGGGAUUGGCCAUAGACCAUCACCUCCUUCUUUAUAACAUUUUUUUCUGUUCACCUUACCAGCUUCCCUAGCAGAAGCUAUGACCCAUAGUAGGAAGUGAAACACUGCUGGGUAAAUGAAAAACUUCAGGAUGUCAAAGGAUUUCCUCUAAUAGAGUAGUCAAGACUGGACCAUUUAACAUCCUCUUGCAGCCAUGGAGAUGCUUCAAGGUAUCCUCCUGAAGCUAUUGAGGGUGACCUGGGAGAAAGGGUGAAAGAAAACAGAGUCAAAGUGACUCUCAAUCUGUCUGCUGCAUUUUCUGCUGAGAGAUGAAAACCUAGCAUUUGUCCCCAGGAAAAGCUGAGCGUGAUGGGCCAGCGUCACCAGAAAGGAAGGACAGGACUCCACAUGGGGUGGACUUCGUGGGAAAUUAGCCAGUGAGUCUGCUGAUGUUUUAACCUUGCCUCAAGUGCAGGAUGCUGGCAAGAAAGAUGGACCAUUCCACCAGUCUUGACCAACCCCAGGGAUGCAGCCUCUGCCAGCAUCCUGAGAAGCGAACUCAGGUGCUGAACAAUUCAACUUGUGUGUGGAACAUCUACUGUGCUUGAAUUAACCAUCAUUUGGAGCCAAAGCUAAGUUGAGAAUACAAGGCCCUCUGACAGCCGCUUAAGGGAACAACCAUCAUUUCCAGAUUGGCAUAAUCUUUCACUCUGAUGUCUCUUGGAGAAUCUGAAUUGUCUUUGUAGAUAGUCCAUAAAGCUGUUUUUCAGACUCAGUCUGUAAGAGGUAAGUCUCAGUCCACAUGUCUACAACCCACCCAUUAUGAAGAAGGCAGAUAUAUCCACCCUCAGCCUGUACCCAAAAGGCCACAUGGAAAAUCCAAUGGAGUCACCCCUCUGAGCCUCCAGGGACUGUGAGCACGGAGCAUGGACGGAUCCACAGGCCAGUGGAAGUCCCAGCUGCCAGGCAUCAACCAUGGUGCGGUGGUAAUGGGAGACCUCAGAGCUGUCCGCCAAACACAAAUCUUAGAACUAGCAAAGAGCAGAAUGAGAAAUCAGAACACCCAGUGGAUGCCCUGUGUGUAAGGCUAUUAGAAGUCAAUAAAAGCCUGCCACCUGUCACCAGGCUGGCAGGAUGUCUGCAUGGGUCCAGGUGAAGGUACUCUGGGCUCUCUGGGCCCAGCAGCACUUAAAGCGCCAUCUAUAAAGCUCCCAUGCUAUUUCUGUGUCACAAGUGCUGCAGGGCUGGGUGAUCCAGCUUUAUCUUCCUGGUGUGCAAAGCGCGCUUGGUCUAGAAUUUGGUUUUGUAUUUUUUAGCUUUAGCUGAAGGCAUUUCUAAAAUGCGGGGGGAGAAAAAGAGAAUGGAAACGAUAGAACCAAAUCACAGAUUGCCUGCCUGAUCUGGCUGUGGUCUUCUGGUAAUCAGACAUUCCUGAUGUGUUUUUCUGGAUUCAGAAAGAGCUGAUUGUCCUCAGAGGGUUGAAGGAGUGGUUUCAGAAACCUGAAAUCCAGGGUCUUAGAGUUCUCCUAAUUAUCUGUCUUUUCUCUGUCUCUCCCUUCUCUCCCCCAAGGGAGAUGGGCAAACACUUUUUAAACCAGAGUUUGCUUUAAAGAGUUUUCUCAUCCUCUGUGCAUUUCCCCUUGAUAUUGAAAUUAUUUUCUCUUGUUUAAUCCAGCUCCUGCUGAGAAGCCCUGUGAGCUGUAGGAAGUGGGGCUGUUUUGCUGUGUCUUUUGAAUGGUGUUGCAUUUUUACUCUUAACCGGAGGGUACAUCUCAGUUAUGUUAGUUCUAUUUCACGCAAGUUAACGGAAGGAUUCUGGGUUUUAGGAUCAUUUUAGAAUUCUGUCCUGGGAGAGGGGUUCAGAUACCCAGCCUCAUCAGAGCUGGGUUGAGGGGUAGAAUGAGGCCUGCAGAAGCCCCGGGUUAGAAGAGGGUAUGGAUGAGCAGCUUUCUUUCUGGUCUCCUUUUCACAUUGUGUGUUUCCUGAGUUUUUCACAUGUAGAAGAUAACGUGUUUAUUUCAUCAUCUCAUGUAUGUGCUUCCUGAGGAGCCUGGAUGUUCUCCUGGGGUCCUUCCCACGCAGCUUCCUCAUACAUUUGGCGCCUUGCUUUAUCACCACCACCCACGCAAGACCAUCUCCAUGCAGAAGUACACCUUUUGUUCUUUGGACUUUUGGAAGUAGCUUUGUGAUAUUUGAAUUUUCUGUUAGCAUAUUGCUCAAGCAUUGCAGAAUGUACGUACGGAGUCCCUUCAACCAUCUCCCCUGCUCCAGAAUAUCCUAAUAAACGUUGUUUUCUUUUU